UUCUUCUCUCUCCAAUGAAAUCAGACGCGCUUUUUGUUAAAGGGGAAUCAAUUCGACUUGCUUCUCUCUCCUUCCAUCUCUUUCUCUCCGCCGCCUGCCCCUUGUCCGCCGUGUGUGUCGUCGGUGUCUCCCGUCAAAAGGAAGACUCGAGACCAAGGCCACUGCGUCUCACUUCGACUUUUCCGAGAAUAGGGAAAAAAAAGAGAGUUCUCCUCCGUCCUCCCACGGGGAAUAACGUUUCAGGCCGAAUCCGAUCUUCUUUGUUCCUUGCCUUUUGUCAUCGCUCUCGUCUCUUUGGGCUCGAUCUGAUCUCUUUUGCGAGAGAGAAGUAGAGGAAGGGGAGGAGGAGGAGAUGGUGAAGGAGACGGACUACUACGACGUCCUGGGCAUCAGCCCUACGGCUACGGAGGCAGAGAUCAAGAAGGCCUACUACGUCAAGGCUAGGCAGGUCCAUCCAGAUAAAAAUCCAAAUGAUCCCCUUGCAGCACAAAAUUUUCAGGUUUUAGGGGAGGCUUACCAGGUGCUUAGUGAUCCAGCACAGCGCCAAGCUUAUGACACUUAUGGAAAAUCAGGCAUUUCAACGGAAAAAAUUAUCGAUCCUGCUGCAAUCUUUGCUAUGCUAUUUGGUAGUGAGCUUUUUGAGGAUUACAUUGGUCAACUUGCCAUGGCAUCAAUGGCUUCACUUGAUAUGUUCACUGAAGGGGAACAGGUUGAUGCCAAAAUGUUACAAGAGAAGAUGAGGGUUGUUCAAAAAGAAAGAGAGGACAAACUUGCACAGAUACUGAAAGACCGGCUUAACCUUUACGUUCAAGGACACAAAGAUGAAUUUAUUAGUCAUGCUGAGGCUGAGGCGGUGAGACUUUCUAAUGCAGCUUAUGGAGCGGAUAUGUUAAGUACUAUUGGUUACAUCUAUGCAAGACAGGCAGCAAAAGAGCUUGGAAAAAAAGCUAUAUAUUUAGGUGUGCCAUUUGUUGCUGAAUGGUUCAGAAACAAAGGCCACUUUAUCAAGUCCCAAGUAACAGCUGUGACAGGUGCCAUUGCUCUAAUGCAGCUGCAAGAGGACCUGAGGAAGCAACUAAGUGCUGAGGGCAAUUUUACAGAGGAAGAACUUGAGGACUAUAUGCAGACUCACAAAAAGUUAAUGGUGGAUUCCUUGUGGAAGCUAAAUGUUGCUGAUAUUGAAGCUACCCUAUCCCGAGUCUGUCAGAUGGUUCUCCAAGACAACAGUGUCAAGAGAGAGGAACUCCGAGCUCGAGCCAAAGGGUUGAAAACUCUUGGAAAAAUAUUUCAGAGGGUUAAGUCUGUCAGUGCAAGUGAGAGCGAAGCAUCACUGAGAAGUGGAGUACCAAACCAGUUAAAUGGAAAUGACCAGUCCAACGGUGGUAGUUCUGAUGCAUCACCAAAAGCUCCCAUCGAGCAGCUACCUUAUGCAACUCCGCCUGCUCCGCAGAGCCCAUAUGUGGAGGCCCCGCAGUUUGCUGGUGCUCGGUACACCUAUAACUUCCCAAUGCCUACUGCACCUCCUGGUGCGCAUAGGCAUCCUUGAUCAGCAGGCAGUAGUGGAGAAGCCGGCCAGCCAUAUGAUCGUCUUGUAUUUUAUCAUUUCUGGUAUCAGAAAAGCUCAUUCAUUGGGUGCUUUGCUUGUGUUAGUAGUUUGGUAGUUGGAUUGCCCUUGCUCCUAUAUUGUUGUCAUCAAUGUGCAUUAUUUAUACAAAGGGAGCUGGCCGUGGGUCCGUUCAGCGUGCAACCCCCCCUUCUGUGCUUUUUAUAUGGGUGGGUUUUGUUCUACAUCCCAUGUCAUACUAGGCCAGCAACACCGAGACUUGCAUUGUACAUCAGAGGUUUCUUUGUGUGGCUUCCCCCUUUUUUUUAUAAUGCUAUAGAAGGAAGAGGUCAUUGUAUGUAUAUAGUUGGAUCGUUCCUGGUUCAUGAUUUAGCAUCUCUUGUUACUUUGUGCAAGAAAUGUUGCAUGAUUGCAUAAAUCUUGCUUGUUUUAGAAGCUUUACCAAACUAAGCCAUGUUUCUGGUACUUUUUUCUUUA